AUGCAACUUUCAGCUUUCUUCCCAUUCUACCGCAACCACAACGUCCUCUCGACCGUAUCGCAGGAGCCCUAUGUGUGGUCAUCGGUCAUCAAGGCCACCAAAUCAGCAAUGGCAAUCUGGUACGCAUACAUGUAUACGCUCUUCCAUCAAGCACACACGACGGGCUCAACCGUCAUGAGAGCCUUGGCUUGGGAAUUUCCUAAUGACCUAAGUCUAGCAUCAGCGGACCGUCAGUUCCUCCUCGGUCCUUCCCUUAUGGUAAUCCCAGUUCUGAAGCCUCAAGCUACAGCUGUGGACGGUGAGAUCUGGUAUGAUUGGUAUGCCCACACACCGUUCAAGGCAAUAGCAGUCAAAAACUCCACCAUUGAUGCCCCACUCGGCCACAUCCCCCUUUACGUUCGUGGUGGAAGCGUCCCUCCAAUGCACGAGCCAGCCCUAACAACACGAGCCGCGCGGAAUUCUCCAUGGUCUCUUCUCGUCGUAUUGGAUAGAGAAUCCAGAGCAAAGGGACAGAUAUAUAUCGACGACGGAGAGAGCGUUAAACCUAAUUCAACUUUAUUAAUCCAUCUCACUGUGGAGGGGAAUAGCAUACAUGCCGUCUCCAAUCGGUCGUAUGAAGAUACAAACUGCCUUGAUAGAUUACAAGCUCAUCGGCAUGCGGGGUUACGUUCAACGACCAUAAACUCCCUUACGAGUUUGUGGCAUAUAAUAAGACAUCGCGUGUCUUGGCCGUUACUAAACUGA